ACUCCCUGCACAACUCGGCACUUGAACGAAACCAACAUCUCAAACUACCUCCAUCAACAUCAAACACUUCAACUCAACUCAACAUGCCCGUCGCAGCCAAGUCCUACCUCCCCACCUUCAUCGGCUUCAUGGCCUUUGCAGUAACCUACACGACGGUCGUGGCCUCAAAAGAAGGCGCAACCAUUGACGGCGCACGCACACGCUGGCAAAACCAGCACGCCAGGGCCCAACUCGCCCUGAGCGGAGGCCAGACACUGGGCGAUUUGCAGGCGGCGCAUUAA